AUGGUUGUGGAGAAGGUUGUUGGAUGCUAUAAACGAGUGGUUGUUGGUCGUUUGGUGAAGAUUUAUGUUGAGCUAAGCGAUGAUUGGUGUUAUUGGGAAAAGAUGAAGUCUGGUGGUGGGCUAUGGACGAGGACGAUAAAGAUGAUUCUAUGUAGUAUUGGGCGACGACUUGCUCGAAGGUUGAAGAUAAAGAUGGUAGGUGAUGGUUGUAGUGGGUUUUGGCAAAAAAAUGAGGCCGAUUUGGAUAUAGUGGUUGGGUGCGGGUUACAAGAUGUUGAAGAAGGCUUGGUUUUGGUGGUGGUUGGUUUGGUUCGAGAAGAUGAUGGAGAUAGUGGGCUACGGCAUGGAUAA